ACGCAGCUAGUGUUCCUCGAUCAGCAAAUCUGCGUUAUCAAAAUCUGAUCGCAACAUAGUGAUGCUCGUGUGAAACUCACCUAGCGUUACUGUUCGUAUUCCGUCCUGCAGUUCAGAGGGAAAUGGACCCGUCCCGCAGGAGCGAGGGCGACUGUCAGGUUAACGAGUUCCUCAUUUGUAAGCGUAAAUUGGAGAGUAAAAAAGAAGCUCUUCUGAUUCUGUCUAAAGAGCUGGACACCUGCCAGCAGGAGAGGGAUCAGUACAAACUGAUGGCCAACCAGCUGCGUGAGCGACACCAAGGGCUCAAGAAGAAGUACAGGGAACUCAUUGACGGAGAUCCUUCUCUGCCACCAGAGAAAAGGAAUCAAGUAAAUUUAUCCCAGCUCCUGAGAGACUCUAGAGAAAAAAACAGUCUAUUUUCUGAGGAGGUGAAAGAGCUGAAACAACGACUGGUGGAAGCGCAAGGUGACAACAAGCUUCUACGAAUGACCAUCACCAAACAGAGGCUGGGAGACGAGGAGGUCGGCGCUCGACACUUUCCUGCUCAUGAACGAGAGGAUCUGGUCAAACAAUUAGAAAGAGCUGGAGAGCAGAACGAAGUUUUGGAGCACAGCGUAAAGUCGCUUACAGAUGAGCUUCAGGAUGUGCGAGCAGAGCGUGACGUGUUUCAGCAGAAAGCUCAUCGACUAAAUGUGGAAAUGAACCACAUCUUAGGCAACGAUGAGAUACGCCUUUUAGACGUAGAUGCACUCUGCAUGGAGAACAGGUAUUUGCAUGAAAGAUUCUGUCACCUUCAAGAAGAAAUCAACCUACUCAAAUCAAACCUGGUGAAGUACAAGAGUGCCCUGGACUGUAGGAAACCCUCUAAAAUCUGUGGGAAACCCAACAGUAGUGCACUGACUGGGGUGCUCUCUGCUAAACAAGUGAAGGAAUUGUUGCUGUCUGAAGAAAACAGCUGCAGUUUGCCGGUGACUCCUCAGUCCAUUUCAGACCUUAAGUCACUCGCCACGGCUCUGCUGGAAACCAUCCACGAGAAGAACAUGGUGAUUCAGCACCAACGUCAAAUCAACAAGAUUCUUGGAAACCGAGUAGCAGAGCUGGAGAAGAAACUAAAAGCGUUAGAAAUGUCUGGAUUAUGGAGACUGCCAGGCCUGACUUAUAAUGUGUCUCUGGGAAUAUAUGGAAGAGGAAAAGACGCUAUCAUCCUCAAUACUCAGCAGGCUGAAUUGACUGAGCCUCCUAGACAGGAAGCUGAUGAAGGGUCAGAAAAAAUUGUCGUCGAUCCGCAGAGCUCCACAGGAGUCCCAGUCCAAGAGAGUGGACCGACAGCCGAGUCAGUUGGUCAGGAGAAGCUUCUUGAGGAGACACUGUCACCAUCCAACGAGGAGCUGUGCCAGCCAGACAUCUCGUACAAGUCGGCUGAGGAAGAGCUAGUUUGCCCUCAGACAGAAACACCAGACAGUGAAGAGUGUCAUGACAGCGGCCAAUCACAGGUCACAACUGACCUGAGUCACCAGUCAAAAAAGGAGGAGUAUACGAGUGAGUCCUCCCCCACACAACAUCCAUCAGACCUGUGCCAGAUAGAGCAAACUCUAGAGGACUCUGAGCCCACGGGGGGAAGAGAGGAACAGUCGGGUGAAUGCAUUGAAGAGGUGCCAACUGUGGAGACAGUGUUUGUUCUAACGGUGGCACACAAAGAUAGCACAAUAUACACUGCUGCCGAGGCAGGUUUUGAUGAAGAGCGGGAGAACGUCCAGUCAAACCAGGAGAAGGAGCUUCCAGAUAGAACAGAUAUUUUGUGUUAGUCAGGAAAUGUGAAGUCUUCCAUCACAUGUUGUGGAGCAUCGGGAAAAAUCAAUGACGUAUUGUAACAUGCUACUUUUAUUUAUUUGUAGGAAUAAUGCUAUCGAGUGGUUAUGAUUGACAGAUGGUGCGUUAAUAAUGGAUGCUGACAUUUACUGCAAAUCCAAGAAAUGUCAACCAAUUAUUGGAACGCUAUAUGAUUUCCUCGUUAAUAAAGGUUUGUCACAGUAGUAAGAAUGACUUGUGACAAACCUAAAACAAAAUUGAACCAUCAACUGUCAGGAACUGAUUGUGUAAUGUGUGCACGAAGAAUGUCCAAACUUAACACCCCCCAAAUGUGAUUGUUGGACAAUUCUAGUGUUGAGUCUGGAGAUACCGAUUCAAGUUUCACACUAAUGUACUUCAAAUGAAGAGGGGCAAAGUGUGAUUGCUGUUGACUGAAUAGGAAGAAGUGGUGUUGCUCCUAAAUAAAUGAUCCUUUAUCUUUC